AUGAAGAUCAACUUCCUGCUUCUCGCUGCCAUCAUUGCCGUCGCUGUAAAGGCGCAAGAUGAGAUUGAAUCGGACGACUUCCCAGCCGCUUGCGCCGCGCAAUGCACGCCGCUGGUUGCAACGACCAACAGGUGCGAUGACACCACCAACGACGACGGCGCCUAUGUCGCAUGUGUUUGCAGCUCGAUGGACGCGUCGACUCUGCUCCCAGCUUGCGCCAGCUGCAUUCGAUCCAAUGGCGAGGACGACGACGACAACGAAGCUUUCGAGCUCGCCCAGAGGUGCGGCUUUGCGGUGUCCAGCAAUUCGACCAGCAGCAUGAGCGGCAUGUCUUCCACAAGCUCGAUGUCGAGCACUUCAACAAUGAGCAUGUCGGCCACGUCUACGAGUGCGCUCAGCUCGGCGCUCAGCUCGGUCUCCGUCGCCGCGUCUACCGCCGUCGCCCCUGCACCGACUUCUGGAGGAAGCGCAAACUCAGGCCACCGUCUUGCUGCAUCGAUGGCUGCAGUGCCUCUGGUCUUGGUCCCCAUCGUUGCAAUGGUUUGA